AUGAAUCUGUUCAAGAAGCGGAAGCGGAAGAGAGACGGUGACAAUUCGAGUGGGAGUGACGCGGAGGAGGGGACGCGCGGGUCUGCGACCCCGGACGCGGUGAGUUCCCGGGAGGGCAGCAGUUCGCCCUUCCGGAAGAAGAGGAGGGCUGUUUCCCACGGGGGGGAUACCACGGAAGCUGAGGCUGCGGAAGCCGCAGCCGCAGCCGCGGCUUCGAAGGAGGCCUUUGAGAAGCGUGAGUUGGAGCUGGAUACCGCGCUGCCCGAGGCUCUGCGGAAGUACAGGCCUUCCGGGUUCUCCUUGAACAUCCCACCUACGGACCGGCCGAUCCGGAUCUACGCAGACGGUGUGUUUGACUUGUUCCAUCUGGGCCACAUGAAACAACUGGAACAGUGUAAGAAGUGUCUACCGAACGUUGUGUUGAUCUGUGGUGUACCGAGCGACAAAGUGACGCACAAGUUGAAGGGUUUGACCGUGUUGACAGACGCUCAACGGUGUGAGACUCUAAUGCAUUGCAAAUGGGUCGACGAGGUGAUCCCCAAUGCCCCCUGGUGUGUGACUCCCGAGUUUCUGAAGCAACAUCGCAUCGAUUACGUGGCACACGACGAUAUCCCCUACGUGAGUGCGGACAGUGACGACAUUUACAAACCCAUCAAGCAAAUGGGUCAAUUCCUGGUGACGCAACGGACGGACGGGAUCUCCACCAGCGAUAUCAUCACCAAGAUCAUCCGUGAUUACGACAAGUACCUGAUGCGCAAUUUUGCACGCGGUGCGACAAGACAGGAGUUGAACGUUUCCUGGCUCAAGAAGAACGAGCUCGAGUUCAAACGGCACAUCCAGGACUUCCGGUCGUACUUCAAGAAGAACCAAGAGACACUGAACUCGUCCUCGAGGGACCUGUACUUCGAGGUGCGUGAGAUCCUCCUGCAGAAGACCCUGGGCAGGACGCUGUACUCGCGGCUCACUGGGUCACCGAACUACGACGACGAGGAGAACGAGGAGGACAAAACGAAGAAACCGGCGCGGGUGCUUGCCGCGAGAAGACGCAGACUCAUCAGAGACAAGUCCCCCGCGACGCAGUUUGCGCAGAGUUACACGGGGGAGCCCCUGCGCAAGCAGAGCGACAGUGCCAGUGCCAGUGCCAGUGCCAGUGCCAGUGCCAGCGACAGCGACAGCGACGACACGGCUGACAGCGAUGCACCCACUACGUAUACGUAA